UUUCUUUACACUGCUCAUCAAAAAAAUCCUUGCUAAACUCAGUACCUGCAAUUUCGGAUGGGUUGUUUUAGUGCCCCUCCGCGAAGAUUCCAGUAAGGAAUUCCUGUAGAGGAAUAUGUUGUGUUUAGUGCAACAAUGGUAAAAGACCUUUUACUUGGUGUCCUUCUAUUGAUCUGCUGAUUUUCAGUUUGGAUUUUGUAGAUCCGCGAGGAGCAUAUAUAUGUUGAGUCAGGUGAAUAGGAGCAAUGUCCGCCAGUCUCAUGGGGAAAUAGGAGCCAAUGAUCGCCAUUAUUAUUUCGGGAAAGCAAAGGACUCACAGGAUUAUCAAAAGGAAUGGAUCCAAUCUUGUACACUGCUGCGAUGAGAGGCAAUAUCGGAGAUGUCAAUUUUCUACUUGCUGAUCAUCUGAAAAGGGAUGAAGAAAACGGCUACCAAGUCACUCCAAAGGGAAACACUGUCCUUCAUGUCACAGCCCUCUAUGGCCACUCCCAUUUCGCGGCAGAAGUCCUUAAGAUUACUCUGGCAAUGUUAUGCUGUCAAAACAAGAAAAACGAAACCGCUCUUCACAUAGCAGCUAACGAAGGGCACACUGAAGUAGUACGUGUGCUACUUGCACAUACAGAAGAUCAUAAUAUCAAGGAGAAACUCAUGAGGAUGACAGAUGCUGGUGGUGAUACAGCGCUGCACAAGGCCGUGUGGAGCCAACAUCUAGAUGUGGUUAAGCUCCUGGUGAAAGAAGAUCCUGAUUUUGAAUAUCCUCCUAACCAUGUGCAGGAGACACCACUGUAUCUGGCGGCUGAAUCUGGUUUUCAUGAUGCCUUGAUUCACCACUGUAUCUGGCGGCUGAAUCUGGUUUUCAUGAUGCCUUGAUUAACAUCUUGGAAUCCUGCAAUGAUCCAACUUAUGCUGCAGGUCCAUCUAAUAGAACGCAGCUGCAUGCAGCAGUAAUUCAGGAACAUAGAGAUUGCAUUAGAUCACUAUGGCGAUGGAAUAAGCCUUCAUGCGAGGAACCUGACUUAUGGGGUUGGAAUUCACUGCACGAUGCUGUUAAAUUAGGAUUGGAAGACAUAGUAUCUGAUAUGCUGGCGUGGAAAAAAUCCUUAGUGUAC